CCUUGACUGAACGCUACCAGGCUGCGACUUUUCCAACAUGGCUGGCCAGGAAGACCCAGUGCAAAGAGAGAUUCACCAAGACUGGGCGAAUCGAGAGUACAUAGAAGUAAUUACAAGCAGCAUUAAAAAAAUCGCCGACUUUCUUAACUCGUUCGAUAUGUCGUGUCGAUCUCGCUUGGCCACUCUCAAUGAGAAGCUGACAGCGUUGGAGAGGAGGAUUGAAUAUAUUGAGGCGAGAGUGACAAAAGGAGAGACCUUAACCUAGAACUCAUCAUGGAUAUUUAAAGUGCUCCAGAGCCACCUGCCCAUCCCCUCCACCCCUGAAUUUUUUUGAAAGAAAAAAAAAAGUGUGAUGGAUUCCACCCUCCUUUUUUGGGACCAUGUGGACCGUUUUUAUAUUAUAUGGCUGAGUUUUGUGUUGUUUUAUCUCAUGACAUAUUUGUAUAGAAGAUAUGGGACGGUCUUGGGUGUCAGUAACUCAAGCAUCAUCAACAUUAUUCAGCAAAAAUAACCUUGUGUAUUGGUUUUAAAACAUACUGUGGAGCUCAGUUAUGGUUCUGGUAUCAGCACAACUGGUUGACUGUCUUUGUUGUAUACAGUGUCAUUACCACUUCAGAGAUAUAUGAAAGGGGAACAUUCUUGUGUGCCAAGUUGAAUAAGUAAUUGCGUAGUCAUCUUUACUAAGGGCCUGCUUGUACAAUGAACUGUUUGGUGAUGUUUCAAUAAAUGAUAAUUGAAAAUUUA